AUGAUCGCGGGCCUUGUCGUCAUCAAUGUCGCUCUGGUCGGCUACGACGAGGUCACCGAGUUUGCGAACACUUAUCCCAUCAAUGACACCACUAAGACGGCCUGGAACAAACCACUCCUUCCGCUCGUUGGCAAGGUGUCGUACUCUUGCAAUCCCCGCGUUAUAUCAGUGGGCGACACGCUGAAGACCAACAACGGAUUAUUCGAAUGGAGAGUGACGCAAAUACCCGUUCCCAGUCCCAACGCGACCGAGCUGAUCUACAAGGGGGUGCAGCUCGACAGUUGCGACAAUCGAUUCAUUACCCUCACUUGGGACCUGCGAACCCACAAGCUCGAAGCGGAGAUGGAGAUACACUGUCACGCCGAUAAGAUCUUCUCUCUUGCUGAACAUGAACGAAGGCGUAAAGCCGGGGCCUUGACGAGUUUGAUUGCCACUACCUCCUUGCAGAUGGAAUUUGUACCACUGAUAAUAAUAGACAUUCAUGACCAGUCCCCGGUGGGCCACCAGUACUCCUUUCAAUCUCUGUUCACGAGCGCCUUUUUUGACAUCAUCGACAUCGCCAAUACAACCUACCACGCUUCCAACUUCACAUCCCCAUUCGCCAUCACCGCCAAGGCAAGGGCUAAGCAACGUCCCCUUUGGCUCCUACACAACAACUAUACGGACCAGGUGGAUGAAGUCCCGGAAUUGGAGCUGUUCGCGAUGAACCAGGUCACGAACACGGGUUUUGGCCUCCCAUCGAACCUACGAGAACUAGCAAAUGCGACGUUCUACAACCCGCUCUUCAACAUGUUUUGGCUACUUCACUAUGCCACUAGGUUGGACCUUGGUAAUUUCGAACAGCGGAACUUCCUCGCAAAACCUUGGGUUGGACCAGAUACGUUGGUACACGACUUCGCACACCCAGACCUCGGAUCUGGCCUUGGAUCUACGUCAUCCGGAUUAGAGUAUCGAGUAAGCCAAUCAGCAAAGAAAAGUGGUCUUCUCCUGAAGCCAACUACUGUGAAGCGCACUGGAACAAUCCUGCUAGCAUUGCCCUUCAUCAAGAUCCUGAGAAGUCGGGCCCAGACAGUAGUUCACAUAAUCAUCCUGAGGCAACACCCUUUUUUCUCCGUCAAUUUCAGCUCGGGUUGUCAUCUUGAUAGGGGCUUUCCAGGUUCAGACACACAAGUCAAAUUCACCGUUGCAAUGUAUGGCUUGUGCAGCACUUCUAUCCUGGAUAUCUUACUUUAUGAUUAA